AUGACCCAUGUAGAUUUCGCGGGACCCUUCAUGGGGCAUACGUUUUUCAUUCUGGUCGAUGCGUUUUCAAAGUGGCCUGUAGUCUAUGUUGUCAAGGAUAUGUCAACAGCGCAUACAAUUUCUGUAUUGAAUGAAAUAUUGGCGACUUUUGGUUACCGUAAAAUGUUGGUAUCAGACAAUGGAAGAACAUUUAUUGCGACAGAAUUCAAAGAAUUUUUAGAAAAACGUGGCAUUAAGCAAAAACUAACUGCUCCGUACCACCCUGCGACAAGCAGUCAAGCGGAACGUUUUGUACAUAUGUUAAAACAAGCACUUAAACGCAAAAGUGGUACAGGAAGUAACGUAAGGAAGUCUUUACAGGAGAUGCUAAUGCAGUAUCGUUCGAUGCCAUAUACAACGACGGCAGAGGAGGUAGAAAAAGAAAGUUUUGAUAGCUACGGUCCGACAGAGGAAGUAAUUGAAACACCGGUGCAAGGAACUGAUAUGAACAACCAAGCAGAGGACGGCCCACAAGUGUUGCCUAACAUACCUAUACUAGAUAAUGCGAGAAUGCGUGAGCAAACUGAAAUUCCGUCUAUGCGUCGAUCUUCUCGUUUAAGAAAGCCGCCCAAACGACUCGCGUAA